GCUUUAUGUUUUUAUAACGUGAAGUAAUUCUCUACGCAAAUAAUAUAAAAAGGGGUUUUCUAUAAUUAACAUUAAAAAUAAAAAAUGUAUAUAUAUCUUUAUAUUAUAUAUGAAAGAUUUAUUCCUUUUCAUUACAAAAAUAGAUGUAUAAAUCCUCUUUUAUAAAAAAAGAGACAUUAUAUAUAAACAAAAAUCAGACUUCUUGAGUCUAGACGAUCUUGAGUUUCUACAGGAUGCGUAGGUAUCUUUCGAGAUCAGAGUCACGUGCUCACGUACUUGACACGUCAACACGUGGCAUCAAUGUCCGAUGACAGUCGCACGGUUGCGAGUCGCUGUGGAUUGCGAGUGCGCGCGCAAGCUGGCAACAGGUAAAUGGCAGGUGAGGGAGAGAGAGAGAGAGAGAGAGAGAGAGGUGGACGAGACACAAGAGGAGGUGGAGGAAUAAGCAAGGGCAGGGAGACAGGUGCGCCAGUUGGAGGGGACGACUCCGCGGCUCCGACCUCUCGAAGAGGAGGUGGGAGUCUCUGGAACCUGAGGGAACUCGCCGCUGCCGCCAUCGACUCCGGUUCGGUUUGGCGUUCUCGCGAUCGACAGUCAAGCGCAGUGGACCGUCGUCGAUGGUGCGUCGUUUGCGAGUUUGCGUGCAAGGCGAAUACGAUGUACGCGUGUGCGUUCGCAUUUCCCGCGACGCUGGAAUUCGAGGACGUCGGGGUGCUCGGCGCGUGAUCGCGCGUGGGUGCGUGGAUGCGUGCGAACGUCCGGGGCGAAGCGGACUGCGCUUCUCGGAUGAUCUCGCGCCAUGAGCAUGGAGCCUCUUCAAGGCAUACUUUUCGAGUGCCGUUAAGGAUAAUGAGUGUCGAAUGUGGAUCGCGAGAGAGUCACCACUGUGUCCUAGAUCUGUGAUUCGAGGUAGAGGGAGAAGAGAAGUAAAAAGGACUUAGAAAAAGGAAGAGCGCCGGUUGACGAAUUCGACUGAAUCCACCGUGCAUCAAUUCGAUAUUGUUUCGAUUGAGCGUUCCUGAAGAUAAUCGUAAACUGCAGCAUGGCAUCGCUAGUGAAACCUAUCGUCGUUCUGUCCGUGUUGGCUAACGUCGUGCUGGCCGAUCUCGAUUUACGGGGUACCAAGUGCGGCGAAAAGUAUUGCAACAUCACCGAGUACUGCAGCCCUUUCGAUGUGCACUGCAGACCUUGUGCGAUCGCGUGUAAUGUCACGAGUCACAAUUAUCAGCCGGAUAUGUGCACGAAGGACUGCCAACUUUAUCUUCUUGAUCAACGUUAUGCCCAACACAUGGAUCAAUCGAGACAGUACGAUGAUCUCAGAGAGGAGAUCGAGAAGCUCAAGUGUAGGUUCGUGAUCACAACGACACUGACCUGUUUCUCACUGUUUGGAAUGCUGUACCUGCUGGGAAGAGCCUUAAUACGGCGGAAAAGGAUUCAGCAGUCUUUGCAAACUGUAUUCAGAAGGAACAUAAAAGUGAAGGGUAGUAAGAAUAAAGUGCAAGAUGACGUCGAGGCCGCUGUGAAUAAGCAAAAUGGUCUCAAAUUGACCAUACCGAAUAUAAGCGCCACGGUGGAGCAAGAAGCCAAGAUUGAAAAUAAUAACAGUAAUAGUAAUAGUAGUAGCAACGGGAUUAACUCUACACCGAACACAACAAGUACUCCUCUUUCACGACGGCACGCUAGCGAGGAUACCACACUCGAUUAUGCCUAUGAUAAUCCGGCGAUGACACCGAGUCCGGAUUCCGCGCAGCUUAAGACGAAGGCUCGCGAGAGUUCGUUUUAAGAUUACAAAUUACGGACACUCAACUGACUUAAGAUUAUACGUAGGAUUUUCGAAAAGGAUCUCGAGGUAUGUACUUAAAUUUAAAAGAGAGAAAUAUCGAGAUAAAUAUUUGUGCUUGUUCGAAAAAUAUGUUUUGAAAUUCCACUGCGAUGAGUGGAAACGUCUUUGUGGCGAUAAUUGUAUUUGUGAGAAAAGAGAACAAAAUAUUUGACCUAAAUGUUAAGGAAAAGAUUUGUUUUAUCGGAACUUUGAACUAUUCUGGGUUGCUACUAUUCUGACUGGAAAAUAUAAAAGGAGGAUAUGGUGAUGCGAGAGAGGAUAGGAGUGAAAUAUGACAUGGCUGUUUUUAUCCUGUUCUUUGAAUGGAUAGCGAGAUAUUCUAUAAUAUUUUUCACGUUUUUACAAAUAAAAUUGUUUGACAUUGUUAAUACAUAUUGAAACGUAAUGCAGCAAUGAGCGAUCAAAGGAGAAAUCGACCACAAAUCAGUUUGUCUUUUUCAAAUGUUCGCGCAACUGUAUGCUAAAUAGUUUUUAAAAAUUAUAUUUAUAGUCGAUAGUUCCACAAAUGAUCACAGAGAAUAACCAUUGUACAUUAUUUUGCUUCCCGAUAAUAUCUCUGAAUUAUUAAACGUUAAAUCAAGAAACAAACGGUUUGCUGUUAAUGACAUUUUUAACUUGAAUGAAAUGAUACUUGCUCGUUUUUCGACUACGAAUUACUAAUUACAUUUUAAAGAAGCAAUACUUGAAAAGUAGCUUUUGCGUAAUUUUUCAUCGAGACUGUAAAUGUCGUCGUAGAUUACUUGUACAGCUAUAAUGUAGUACCGUAAGUUUUUGGAGUGACUCGUGAAUGCGUGUCACGUCUCCGCGAACCGUGCGGCUGUGUGACUUAAUUAAAUAAUUAUUAACGCGACACGCUCGCAGGACGUAGACGUGUGCGGUGCAAUCCCGUCGACUUUAUCUUCUCGGUCAUAAACUGCUGACGGAACAUUUUGCUUUCGCAAAAUUGCAAUAUUGGUUCCAAUAAUUUCGACCAUUAGAGACUGUUAAUGUCCUUAAAGUUUUGCGUUGAUAAAGGCUGCAAUAUAAAUUGCAGUGCGAAAAAAUUAAUGUCCCAGUAAACCCA